AUGCUCCUCUGCUGGCUGUCAGUGUGGGACUUCACCAUGGACGGAGGACGCAGCUGAGGAAACCGCAUACAUGCAGUCCCCGCUUUUACAGGAAUAACUUCUGAAAACUUGAACUUUUUCCCUUCCUCCUCCUCCUCUCUGAUUUCAGAUUAAAGCUGUAGACUUGAGAAAAAAAAUAAAUAAAUAAGGACUGCGAACUUCACCGAGUUUCGCGCAAAUACUGGAUUGUGGAAAUACGACAGAGGACUGAGUGGAGCUGCUGUGAAAUUAGAGGAUGGGGAGCCGGGGCCACUACCGGUACCACUGGCAGAGCCACAAUGUCAAACACAGCGGCGUGGAUGACAUGGUCCUGCUCAGCAAGAUCAGCGAGGACGGCAUCGUGGACAACCUCAAGAAGAGAUACAUGGAUGACUACAUCUUUACGUACAUCGGCCCUGUGCUCAUUUCCGUCAACCCCUUCAAGCAGAUGCCGUAUUUUGGAGAGAGGGAAAUCGAGAUGUAUCAGGGAGCUGCUCAGUAUGAGAACCCUCCUCACAUCUACGCUCUGGCAGACAACAUGUACAGAAAUAUGAUGAUCGACCGUGAAAACCAGUGCGUCAUCAUCAGUGGAGAGAGCGGAGCAGGGAAGACUGUGGCAGCCAAAUAUAUCAUGGGCUACAUCUCCAAAGUGUCAGGAGGCGGACCCAGAGUUCAGCAUGUCAAAGACAUCAUCCUGCAGUCCAACCCGCUGCUGGAGGCCUUCGGAAACGCCAAGACUCUGAGAAACAACAACUCCAGCAGAUUUGGGAAAUACUUUGAGAUUCAGUUCAGUUCCGGCGGCGAACCAGAUGGCGGAAAAAUUUCCAACUUCCUGCUGGAGAAGUCACGUGUCGUCAUGAGGAAUCCUGGAGAAAGGAGUUUCCAUAUUUUCUAUCAGCUUAUUGAAGGAGCGAGUGGAGAACAGAAGAAAAGCCUGGGAAUCACAAGCCUGGAUUAUUACUCCUACCUCAAUCAGUCCGGUUCCUACAAAGUGGACGACAUCAACGACAGGAGCGAAUUUCAGGAAACGAUGCAAGCCAUGGACGUGAUUGGCAUCUCUGCAGAGGACCGGUCCAUGGUGCUCCAGAUUGUGGCCGGAGUCCUUCAUGUGGGGAACAUCACCUUCAGAGAAUCAGGCAACUACGCUGCUGUGGAGAGCGAGGAGUUUUUAGCAUUUCCCGCGUUUCUGCUCGGUAUCGACCAGGACCGGCUAAAGGAGAAGCUGACGAGCAGAAAGAUGGACAGCAAGUGGGGCAACACAAAGGAGUCCAUCGACGUGACGCUGAACGUGGAGCAGGCCUGUUACACCCGGGACGCUCUCUCCAAAGCCCUGCAUUCGCGCGUCUUUGACUACCUGGUUGAGUCCAUCAACAGAGCCAUGGUGAAGGAUCAUCAGGAGUUAAAUAUAGGAGUGCUGGACAUUUAUGGCUUUGAAAUCUUCCAGAAAAAUGGAUUUGAACAGUUUUGCAUCAACUUUGUGAAUGAGAAGCUGCAGCAGAUUUUUAUUGAGCUGACUCUGAAGGCGGAGCAGGAGGAGUAUGUGCAGGAGGGCAUCAAAUGGACUCCCAUAGAUUACUUCAACAACAAGAUUGUCUGCGAUCUCAUUGAGAGCAAAAGUCCGCCGGGUAUAAUGUGCAUCCUGGACGACGUGUGCGCCACCAUGCACGCUGUGGGCGAGGGAGCCGACCAGACCAUGCUGCAGAAGCUCCGGAUGCAGAUCAACACACACGAGCACUUCAACAGCUGGAACCAGGGCUUCAUUAUCCAUCACUACGCCGGCAAGGUGUCCUACGACGCAGACGGGUUCUGCGAGAGGAACAGAGAUGUCCUGUUCACUGACCUCAUUGAGCUGAUGCAGAGCAGCGACAUUUCCUUCAUCAGGGCUCUGUUCCCUGAAAACCUCAAUGCUGAGAAGAAAGGCCGGCCGACUACAGCAGGCAGCAAAAUAAAGAAACAAGCCAAUGACCUGGUUAGCACACUAAUGAAAUGCACGCCACACUACAUUCGCUGCAUCAAACCGAAUGAGACCAAGAAGCCAAAAGACUGGGAAGAAUCACGAGUGAAGCAUCAGGUGGAGUAUCUGGGUCUGAAGGAAAACAUCAGGGUGAGGCGCGCUGGCUACGCCUACCGCAGAGUCUUCCGGAAGUUCCUCAACAGGUACGCCAUCCUGACCAAAGAGUCAUGGCCGACGUGGCGAGGAGACGAGAAACAAGGCGUCCUUCAUCUCCUGCGCUCCGUCAACAUGGAUCAAGAUCAGUUCCAGCUCGGAAAAACCAAGGUCUUCAUUAAAGCCCCGGAGUCUCUCUUCCUGCUGGAAGAGACAAGAGAGCGCAAGUUUGACGGCUACGCUCGCGCCAUCCAGAAGGCCUGGAGGAAAUACAUGGCCCGCAAGAAAUACGUCCAGAUGAGGGAGGAAGCUUCUGAUCUGCUGUUGAACCGGAAAGACAGGCGGCGGCAUAGCCUGAACCGAAACUUCAUCGGAGACUACCUGGGGAUGGACGACAGACCGGAGCUGCGGCAGUUUCUGGCCAAAAGAGAAAAGAUCGACUUCGCUGACAAAGUCACAAAAUACGACCGACGGUUCAAGGGAAUUAAGAGAGACUUGAUUUUGACCCCUAAAAGUGUGUAUCUGAUUGGAAGAGAGAAGGUGAAGCAGGGGCCGGAGAAAGGUCAGGUGACCGAGGUGUUGAAGAGGAAGAUCGACUUGGAGAAAAUCCUGGCAUUGUCUCUCAGCACCCUGCAGGAUGACUUCAUCAUCCUGCAUGAGCAAGAGUACGACAGCCUGCUGGAGUGCAUUUUCAAGACGGAGUUCAUCAGCUUGCUGUCCCGACGGUUCGAGGAGAAAACUCGGAGGAAGCUGCCGCUCAAGUUCAACAACACACUGGAGAUGAAGCUAAAGAAGGAGAACUGGGGCUUCAUGAGCGGCAGCUCCAGGCAGGUGGUGUUUGUUCAAGGUCAGGGGGAUGUGGCCAUGUUGAAGUCCUCAAGCAAAUCCCUGCAGAUCAGCAUCGGACCGGGCCUUCCCAAGAACACGCGUCCAACCAGGAAGAGCUUCAGCCAGAGUCGCUCUAACAUGUCCAGAAACCACCACGUGCCUUCAAGAGCAGCACCAGGACCCCCAGCCGGCCAUCAGAACGGCAGCCUGAAGAACACCAACUACAUCGCCAACCAGAGGAACUCGCAGCAUCACAGCCAGAGGCAUCCGCCCUCCACCAACUCCACACGCCCGUUUCUGCCCAGCAACAUCAACCAGCCCAGGCAGCGCGACGGCGGCAGCCGGCAGCAGCCGGACCUGGACUGCCUGAGGGUCCCGGACCAGGGCGCUGCAGGCUCUGGAGGCGGACGGCCAACUUCAAAUGGAGGAAUGGCCCACCGACCUUCAGCCCACAGACCUCCACCAGGUGGAGGACGGCCGAAGCCGGUGCCCAAACCCAAACCCCAGGUGCCCCAGUGCAAGGCCCUGUACGCGUACGACGCUCAGGACACGGACGAGCUCAGCUUCAACACCGACGACGUCAUCGAUAUCAUCAAAGAGGACGCUUCCGGGUGGUGGACGGGACGACUUCGCGGGAAGCAGGGACUUUUCCCCAACAACUACGUCACCAAGAUCUAGUAGCUGCUGGUUGUCAGGGCGACGCAAUGCGCCUGCUGCUUCCCCCCUCCGCCCCGCCAUCCCCGGCCUCUGAGGGGGGCGCAGAGCCUGCAGUCGGGGAGAGCAAACACUGUGAGACUCUUCCACUACUGCCUUACAGUCACCGAACGUAACGCUCAGUUACGCCACCAGACCAAACGUCCUGUUGGGCCAAAGAUGAGGCUUUUCUCCAAAGACACAAAGACCGCUGGGGUCUGUCCCCUCUGAGUACUGAACAAACUAUUUAUUGUAUUUAUGGAUCUCUGUAUUCCCUUUACUUACCGUGUUAUAUCUUUAUAGAGUGUUUUGAAGCAUUCAAAUGAAAUCGGCUAAAUCUCUGGGACCAGGCUGUGAUUUAUUUUUUACUUUUAUUUCCACUAUGUUGCUUCUAGAUGAAGGUUGAAGGAAACUGAAGUGAUUUCAGUUUUAGCAGGAAUAUUUAUUGUGAUGCAGACAUUUAACAGGCAUGUAAAGAAUCAAAAUGCUGAAUGAGGAUUUUUAAAAAUUGAAUGACCAAAGCAGACUCGUUUUUUUGUUUUGUUUUUUUUUCUGAUUCUGAGGGCAUUGCAGUGAGGUGGAGUAUUAGCUGGUAAACCUCCCUCACUUUUUAUUCUGCUUUUGUUCUCUAAUGACACCAGUACGUAGCCUGAGCGUGAGGUCUGUGGUGUAUUAGCACUUUAUUGGGACAGGUACUACCUUGGACACAGAUGGCGUCUCACGUUCACGUCACGGCCACAAAGCUUCGUCUGCGAGGGACGGAUUGUGACGAGCAAAAGCAAUGAAGUUAGCUAGUUACUGAAGAAAAUCAUUUGUUUACAUGAAAUUAAGACAAACAGGCAUUUUCUGGAUCUCAUUUCUGUAUAUGUGUUCUAAUGCAGGAGCGUACCUGUUGGUGGGCAGAAUUUAAAAGGAUUUCUUUGUGUUUUUACGCAAAGACUGUAUGUUUAGUUUCUCCUUUUUUCCCCGUUUUGAAAAACACAGAGCUGUUGUUAUUUCCAGUUCUGCUACUUAGUGUAUGGGUUUAUGUUUUGUUAAGCUGUUUUUGUAGCUGCUUCUGGUUAAUGUUUCUGCACAUCUUUUGCGCUGCUGCCGCAGUCCUAACACGCAUUCCUUAGUUUUAUUUCAAUCCUACGACCACAUUAUGCUGUAGUCAGUGAAACCUGCUGGGACUUUUUCAGAAAACUGCAUCAAUAAACAUAGUUUGGUCAUAA